CUUCAGACAGUGAACGUAUGGUGCGCGCGCAUCGUACCGACGCGCGCGCUCGAGCCUGGCGUUGGAGUGAAAUUUUAUCGACAGGGCGAGCGAAAAUUGGAACGAUCGAGGACGAGUCGUGAGAACUUUCGUGUUUCGUGCGAGAAUCAAUAUACGGUCGAGCCAUGGCGUAUGUUAAUGUAGCGGAGUGGAAAACGGAUCAGGUGUGCGAGUGGCUGAAAGGUUUAGAUAAUGCCAUACUUCCCUAUGUGCACAGUUUUAUGAAUCAUAGUGUCAAUGGGCAACAAUUAUUAAGUCUGCGACCAGAAGAUUUAGAACACUUGGGUGUAUUGAAACUUGGACAUCAAGAGAUUAUACUUGAGGCUGUGGAGUUUCUAAGGAAUUUUCACUAUGAAUUGGACAGGGAAAAUUUGCAGCUGCUGGCACUGCGGCUGUCUUGUCAGGCAUACAGCUUGCACAAUGAAUUAUCACGUCAGACUGAUUCAAAGCCUGUUACCACUCAAACAUUGUCAGAUGUAGCAUCAGUUGUGAUGGCAGUGAAACCUCUAGUGAGAUGGCUAGAUCGUCCUCCAUUCAGUGGGCAAUUAGAAUAUAAUGACAAGAAGGCUGAAUUAAUGAAACUGUCUUUAGAAAUGGCUACAUGUGCACAAAGGGAUAGAUUUGCUGAGAAACCAAUUGAAGAAAUUAGAACAACUUGUGGUCAACUGGCAAAAUUAGCAGAUUAUAUUAUACAAGACAUUGCUGAUCCUAUGAUUUUGCAGCCUGCUAGUUUAGAUCUAGCGACAUUAAAAAAGAAAUCUGGUGAUGAUUUGGGUUUUUAUAUUUUGCCAUCUUUUCAUGGAGCACACCAGAUAGCCGAAAUCAAAUUUGGAUCUGCUGCACACCAGUGUGGCAAAAUGGAAGAAGGAGAUGAGAUAGUUCAGGUAAAUUAUCAAACAGUAGUUGGUUGGGAGAGAAAGAACCUGCUUGAGUUAUUUCGUGAGAGCCCGGCAGAAAUCCUUUUGACUUUAAAACGUAGGCCAAGGCAUACUAAAGUUUAUGGGCAGAUUUACAUAAAGCCGUAUAGACUUCCAAGUAACAAAAAAACCUCCUACACAACACGAUGGCAACAUAAUCUUCCAUCUCCUAGACCAGAGUUAUUAACAAUACCUGACUUUACAAUGCCGUUACCUAGACACAUACCAAAGAAUCCCAGUCCGGAGCCGGCAAGUAUUUUAGAUACGGUUAAUAUGUUGGAUACAAUGGCUACGGAUAGUAGCGAUUCGGACAGCGAGGUAGAACCGCCUCUUCCUAUCCGUCUGUAUUCUACUAAGCCGAGAAGCUUGGUCCAAAGACGAGCUACGAUAACAGGUGCCAGUCCCACGACCAAACACGGUAUUGAUAUUGAGCAGUUUUGGAAAGAGUUGAAGCAAGAGCACUGCACGUCCUUCCAGUUACGCGACAAAGCGGCGUCUUGCGCCCACGGUCUAGACAAUGUACCGUCAAACAUACGGCCGCAGACAUGUUUAGGUAUAGAACCAGUGAAGAGGAGAAAAAAGACUGACGGUCAUAUAGACGACAGAAAGGUGCAAUUUCAAGAGAAGUCAGUUGACACAGAGAGCGUGGUCUACUCGAGUAACGCAAGGAAAAUGACGUACGAUACGAAAGAGAGAGUUACUCCCGCAGUGAACUGCGAAAACGGCGGGAUAAGUAUCGCGAACAAAGACACGAACAAGGAGCACUCUCGCGCUAUGGACAACGUCAACGAUAGCAAUAAUUUAAAUGAUACGACCGUGCCUUUGGACGAAUGUAAUAAUUUUAUUAACGAUACGCGUAGUAUUAGUAAUAAGAAUUCACCGGGGAACAAAGAGAUCACCGGCGUGCGACAUGUGAAAGAACGUGGUAAGUUAGACAAGAGCUACAGUACACCGGCAUACGACCUGUCGGAUCCCGAGGAUAAAGAGGAUAGAAAAUUAGCGCUUCUCGAGAAUCCAUUUUGUAAAUUAGACUUACCGGCUCAUUGUUCAAAUAACGGUACGCCAGGUGGUGUUUUGACGAAGACUGAUGCUCACACGUUUGUCGAAAGUACUGACGAUCAUAGGAGAUCAAAGAACGUGCAGAAUAGGGAUCACAAAGAGGCCGGUAACGCCGCUAAGAGAUGCGGUAAUGUCGCGCGGAAGGUCAGCGACAUAGAGAAGCAGAUCGCGCAGAUCGAGAGCGCGGUGGAGCAAGCGUGUGUCUUUGGAGUGCCUAAGGAAUCGGAUUCGCGUAAGAAUCCUGCGCGCGUUACAAUAAACGACGCGAGUCCUAGAACCAGCGUAGAGGAGCGAAACCAAAGCAAUAUCGAAUGUAAUAUAUCAGAUGCGAACACGUGCGACAAGUACGGCAACGUCAUUGACUCCAGCACCGAACGCGAGGGCGCGAUUAUGCAUGAACAGCCCGAAGCUAUUUGCCCGAAGAAAAGCUCGCCGUCUAAUUGUCGCGAGAAAAACUGCCGUCACUCGGAGAUGUCAUGCAGCAGUAGCAGUGUAGAAGGAGACACGAUGUCGCAGAAGUUUGGUCAAGUUUUACAAAUGCUCGAUGGCGUUUUAGCUCAGCACUCGAGGCUGAUUGAGAAGAAGUCUUCCACAACAUUAUCGCGAGAGGAUUGCACUGAGACGAUAGUACCACGACCAUCGAGCAGCAACGCCAAUCUUGUCGAAGACGAUUUGUCGAACGCCAUUCACAGUGUCUCCAAAAUUCAGAUCAGCACGAAACCGCAGACUAAAGACAUAAAAUCCACGUCGGACUCGUCCUUGGCUACGGUGCAGUCUUGCCGCUACAUAGAGUUACCGAAGAUCGAGUCUGUAAGAAAAUACGAGAACAAGCAUCACAUGACACCGCCGGAACCUCCACCUCGUAGUUUUCAUCCGAAGCAAAUGGCCGACGCGAAACUGAACAAUGCUCCGAGAGUUGCGGAGAACUCGGAAAGGCCUCAGGUCCCGGAUAGACCCAGCGUGAGACGAGAGCUGAAGAAGGUGGACUCGAAUUUACCUUCACGCCAGAAUCACGCCAGAAGCAAUUCAGAUUGUCAAGAUAGGAAGGAUUUCUCCCCCGACGUGUGCGCGUUCAAUUAUAUGGAGAAUUCGUUUGACUUUAUCGACGAGCCUCGUGCAAUAGUAAGUCUGAACGAUCAGAAGUUCACUCAGUCCGACUCAGCUUCGUUGUACAGUGAAAACAAUGAUAGGCAGUCGAAAGAGGAUAGAUACACAUAUGAGAAGUACGAGCCGUUCGUGGAAAAGUUUACUUGCUUCGGUCAAUCCGCAACAGACGGCUACAAGUACGAACAUUCUUCGCGUCAUGUCGAGUGUCCCGAUGUGAUCAAUUCGAAACAAAUGUUGGCUUUGGAUCUAAGACCAAAGCUAUCGGAGAAAGAUAGGAGUUUUGAGAAGAGCGUCGUGAAUCGAGCUAUGAUGGUGGCUAGAAGUAUCGGCUUACAUAGUAGCUUGAGCAAGUCUAACAGCAGUCCAAGAAGUAACAGAAAACGGAAUAUAUUACUGACUAAGAGAAGAAAUGUAUCUGUGAAAGAUGUUGGUACUGGUGACAUAGAAGGAUUGUUAACGUACCGCAGCAGAGGAGCAGGCGGAGCGUGGGCACGAGCCUGGUUUGUGCUGAAAUGUUCGUCGUUGUACAGGUUUAAAACGCAGGACAGUACGAAAGCAGACUGUUUAAUCUCGUUAGCGGGCUUCACCGUCUCACCGGCCGCCGAAGUCAAGUCGAGGAAAUAUGCCUUCAAGGUCUACCACACUGGAACGGUGUUUUAUUUUGCUGCCGAUACCGAGGACUGUUUGAUUUUGUGGGUGGACGCGAUCAGUAAGAGCACUUUAGGCGCAGACGCUCACAGUCAAAACGGGCUAUUCAGCGAGACCGACGAGAGUGACAGCGAGAUUCACAAGAGCAAGAUAAAGAGCACACUGGAAUCCAGGCAAAAUCUGGACAAGUCUUUCGGCUCGUUGAAAAAGGCCGCGCGGAAAGAUAUCGUGUUCAAGGAUCAUGAGAUCGGCGGUGCAAGUUUGGAUCGCAAGUACUUGAAAUUCCUCGGCGCGAAAAAUCAAAAUAUGCCUGUACCUACGGCGCAGUUUCGCAGUUACAGAAGAGUCCUUCCCACGUCGACGCCGAAUAAGAAAGAAGAUUCCAACUCGAAUUCCCCGGAUCUACAAAUGACCAUCGCAGGCAGUACGUUUUAUGGAUUGAGCGCCUCUCAAAGCGCUAUGGACAUGUCGAACCCGUUGAGCAAUCAGGACAUGGGCGAUUAUCGGCGUGCUACGGAUAGAUCCGUCUGUGGUCGUGGCAGAAGAGCGGACGAUCUGCAAGGCUUCAUCACGCUAGAAGAAUUCAUGCUGUUGCAACAAGAAGAGGAUUACCGGCAAUCUAGCGUGAACAGAUCGAUGUCACCGCGCGUUACACCUUUAACCAACGAUCACGUGCAUAUACAGCACAGGAAUUUCAACGACAACGUGGCGUGUAACUGCGAGCAAGCCAGACAAUUGAGCGAUGCAUCGUCAAACGACGACAUCGGCGGUACUUACGGCAGGAUCAAUGACGAGAACAACAGCACUGUGUACGGCCACUUGAGACACGCGAACACGCAUUUGUCGCGUCAGCUCACCGGGGAUAUUAUCGCCAGCCGAUCCGAUAGCAAAGGGGACUGCGUGAACGAUAAAUCCUGCGGCAAGUGCAAGACGAUCGCGCACAGCAAGAGAACGUGGGACUCCAGUUGCGCGCAAAAGAGAAAAGCCCAAGAACAACUGAGCAGUCAGCAGACCAAGAACGGAGAUACGAUGUAUUGGAGAAACGCAACGAAUCCGAGUAGACAGGACUUCCAUAGCAGGGGCUACGAGCAUAACAUCCAUUCGCAGUCUUCCAAUCAUGAGAACUACAAGACGCACGAUUAUGUUUCGUCGAGGGACGUCGGUAAUUUGAUGGAGGAUUUCAAAGCGGUACCGAAGCGACUUAUUAGGAACGACGGUUACUCCGGAUCCAGCAGUGACCUUACGUCUCACGCGUCAUCGGAGACGUUGCAGCGCGUGAAAAAGGACGUGUUAAUUAGUCGGAAAGGGAGUUUCAAUCUUACCAAUCGUCACGAGUAUAACUCUUCUGAUAAACACUGGUUGGACUCGUUUAAACGUGGCGACAAGAAGACCGCGAACUGCGAUAAAAAGGUCGCGAACUGUGACAAGAAUCGUCUGAAGAACGUAGCGCAAUACCAGCCGCCACCCUUACCAACGUCGCCUUUCGAGCAGGAAGGUAUGAGAGCCGCGUUUGAAAUGCACUUAGACAAAAAUGAUCAGGUGCAGAAGGCGAAUCGUCUGAAGAGCUUGUUUGGGACUAAACAGCAAAAACCUUGCACAUUAGAUCUUCCCAAGGAUAGCCAGAAAACCAUAUUAGGUUCACCAAGGUUACACAGAGCACUGUUUCGUGACAAAUGCUCCAAUCAGACGCAGCACCGAUUAUCCACUCGUUCCGGCAGUCAGAGUCCAGGUGACAGUGGGAUCAGUCAGUCUCACAGCUCUUUCAGCGGAAAUAGCCCUUCGCAGACGCUCAGUCAAAGUGUCAGUUCAGUUAGUUCGACUAGCGACUGGAGUCCGGAUGCGCCUUCCAAUAUACCAAAAUACGGCAGUGGAUAUUCAUCCGGUCAGAAGAGCUAUUCUAAUAGCGGCAGAAGCUCGUUGGCACCUCCAACAUUACCAUACAUACCACCGCCGACGUCUCCGCCGCCUGAUUACCCUGGCUUGGAGUACCCGCCGGUACUUGAGCCCGGUACUUACUCGCUCUCGGAUGCGUCGUUACUGCGUAAUCGCGGUAAAAAUAGUCAGAACGCAGCCCAGUAAUGAAACAAGCCAAAUUCAAUGCUCCAACAAUAUAACCAAAGAUAAUUUCCUUUCUACUGAUGGAUUAUAUUAUAAAUGUUCCGACAGAGGCACAAUUGAAUUUCACCGAUAAAUCGCGUAUAGCAAUUAAUAUCCUGCCAUAAAGUAUUUCAAAGUAUGACCGUCCAUUUUACGGUAUCACACAACUGUAACGAGCUAUGUAUGUUCGUAUACAGUUGAAGAGAGCAUUGAAGAGUUUAUUUUCCUCCAAAGUGCUAUAUGAGGCGAGAUAUGUAUUUUGCGAAGAGCCGAAUAUAGCGAUAAGGAAGACUGAACUAAAUGUUAUCUAACAUCGUGCCGUUAGAUAUGUAUAAAUAGCAGAUUUGUUUGUUUCGGAAUUAUUCUGCACAAUUCAGGAAGGAAUUCUAAAUUGUUACUACGAUAGUCUUACAAUCAUUGUUGUUAGGAAUGAUUCUUGAAAAUAAUUCAUUGUGUCUUCUGAAACAAUUUAGGAGCGUAUUGUACGCGAGCUACGUUCAGAUCAUGUCUUACCAGAAUAAUUUUAGGAUUUGCGAUGAAUAUUUUUUAAUAUUGUGACCUUAUCCACUGUAUAGAAGUUGGUGUUUUUUGAGGUAUUAUUUACGCGUUAGUAAUACGUUUUAUGUAGAAUAUAAAUGAUAAGACACCUUCGAUUAAUUAAGAAUUUUAUAACGAUUGAAAGAUAUACUGUAAGAAUAUUUCUUAUGUACAUUUUGAAAGAGCAUAAUUGCCUAAUUUUAAACUUAUUAAUAUAUUAUAGGAGACGUCGCAAUGUACGUGUUAAAGUGCCUGCGUAUUUCUUCGGAAUAUGUGUAUUAUUCCAACGAUGAGAAUUAUAUAUUUUAAGAUUACGAUUAUAUAUGGACAUCUUUGUAUAUAGUAAAGUUUAUAUCUAUUCUUUCUACGCUACGUAUUGUAUCGAUUAUAAUUUAUACUCAAACGGAUCUUGAGAAAGUACUGUGAAAGUUGAAGGAAGAAGUCGAUUUGUGUCACGUCUUCGCCUGGCGGUCAAUUUGUGUCACGUCUUCGCCUCGCGGUUCGGUCGGACGACCUUGGCGUUCCUUUGCGAGCGUGCGUGACACCGACGACGGUGGAUAAGCUCGCCGGUGUCCGAGAGUUCGGCCGGAGCGCGAGUGUGCGUGUGGGUGUGUGUGGGUGUGUGAGAAGUGAGUGUCCGUGUGUUCAAAGAAUAACAAAAUAAUUUAUUGUGAUUAUGUAUACAGGAUGGUGGCCGUAUCGGAACGGUUGCUUCCACCUAUUCGCGGUCUUAUAACUACACGGCGUCGUAUCUGGUCGCGGACGCGUGCUAAGCUUGGCUUAUGUUGCUAAGCGCGGUCUUAUUCUAACGCAGACUUAUUUUAACGCGAACUUAUACUAGGCGCGGUCUUAUUCUAACGCGGACUUAUGCUAGGUGUGGCGCGGAGGCGCCUUUGAGGAGGCAGCGGCCGGGGAGCCCUGAGCACGGGGCAGAGACGGUGAGCUCGCCACCUCUAUGUCCCUCGUCCGCUGCGCUGCCUUGCGGAGUGGUGCUGGCCUUGAGAGCAGAUGAGCGCACCUUUCCUCGCGGUCGGGUCUCUGCUUGGCAGGGAGGUCAAGAGCGCUUGACCGAGGCGGUGAGCGCGCCACCUCUGGUUCCCUUGCCUUUCCGAGAGCGGAUUCGGCAGGAGGAGAUACUUCCAGGAUGAUGAGCGCACCUUCCUGGUCGUAGCGGUGUUUCUAGGAUGUCGGCUGAUGCCGACAAGGAAGUCGGAGCGGCGGUCGUAUUGGCAUGUGUACGGCCGCCUCGGGACUGGUGUCGAUUCGUUAUCAUGCCGCACUUUUAUACUAGUGGUUGCUUUGUCUCGGCGCUUCCCCAUUCGGGAGAUUAAUCGGCGGCGUCGCGAUUUAGCGGCGGUGUGUGCCGUUAUUUGUUUGGCGCUUUGCGCCUGUUAGACGACCCGACGGAUGUUCGGUCGGGUCGUCGUGACGAGACGGUUGUUUCGUCACAGUCGAAUUUGAAAAAAAAUUGUACCUAUUCUUAUUUAUAUUUUAUAAAGUAUUUUACUCGAUCGCUUUUUCGCAUCAGUCUGUAAUUAUUUUAUACUUUAUUAACGAGCGCGCGAGCACUGCACAUACCAACUCAACUUUUUUAUAAUGAAGAUACGACUGCACAUUGAUAAGUUAUUAAUAAUAAUUGCAGACUUUAUUAUAGAUAGGCAAUAUUUCGCGAACAAACUACAUCGUACACUUUGGAAAGUAACGUUAAAUAAAUUACAAUAAUGAUUGUUAAACUUUA